AUGCGUGCAUCUGUCUGUCUCACUGACACCUGGAAGAUGGCGGCGUCCGUGUACAGAGCCGGGAACGCCGCGGGCAAAGCCUUCUUUUCCGCCCGCUCGCCCGCCCUGUUCUGUCUGAAGAGGAAUCGGAGCGCGGUGUCCUACGCCCAGUCGUUAAGUAACAUUCCCGAUACCCAGAUCAGCGCUCUGGACAACGGGCUGCGCGUUGCUUCUGAAGAAUCUGGACAACCCACCUGCACCGUUGGAGUGUGGAUUUCAGCCGGCAGCCGCUAUGAGAAUGAAAAGAACAACGGAGCAGGAUAUUUCUUGGAACAUCUGGCCUUCAAGGGAACCAAGAAGCGCCCCCAGACUGCCUUGGAGCAAGAGGUGGAGAGCAUAGGAGCGCACCUCAGUACAUACACCACACGUGAGCAGACGGCUAUCUACAUAAAGGCUCAGUCCAAGGACCUACCUAAAGCUGUCGAGAUUCUGGCUGAUGUGGUUCAGAAUAAGAGCCUGGAGGACUCUCAAAUCGAGAAGACACGGGAGGUGGUGCUGAGGGAGAUCCAGGAGCUUGACUCUAACCUCCAAGAAGUGACAUUUGAUUACCUCCAUGCCACUGCAUACCAAGGAACUCCCCUAGGCCUCACUGUUGUGGGCCCCACUGAAAAUGUGAAGAAGUUCACACGGGCCGAUCUUCUUGAAUACGUCAACCUACACUACAAGGCACCUCGUAUGGUCCUUGCAGCAGCAGGAGGAGUCAAUCACAAGGAACUGUGUGACCUAGCCCAAAGACACUUUGGUGGACUUUCUUCAGAAUAUGAGGAUGGCGUUAUCCCUGUGCUUUCCCCAUGCAGGUUUACUGGCAGUGCACUCUCUGCCCGCAACGACGACCUGCCCCUGGCUCAUGUUGCUAUAGCAGUUGAAGGACCAGGAUGGAAUAGCACCGAUAAUGUUGCUCUGGCUUUGGCGAACACCAUCAUUAGCAACUAUGACGCUACAUAUGGAGGCGGGAAGAAUCUUUCCAGCAAUGUGGCAAGGACUUCUGCCGAGUACAACCUGUGCCAGAGUUUCCAGGCCUUCAAUAUCCGCUACUCAGACACAGGCCUUUUCGGCCUUCACUUUGUGACCGAUAAACACAAUAUUGAGGACAUGCUCCACGUUGCUCAGGGAGAGUGGAUGCGUCUUUGUACCAGUGCAACUGAUGGCGAACUGGCCCAAGCUAAGAAGACCUUGAAAAGCGCUCUAGUGGCCCAGCUGGAUGGAACAACCCCUGUGUGUGAAGAUAUUGGGCGUCAGGUUUUGGCUUAUGGCCAGCGAAUCUCCCUGGAGGAAUGGAAUUCCAGGAUUGAUGCUGUCAAUACCAAGACACUGAGGGACAUCUGCUCCAAAUACCUGUACGAUAGGUGUCCUGCUGUGGCUUCAGUUGGUCCUGUUGAGCAGGUUCCUGACUACAACCGCAUCCGCAGUGCUAUGUACUGGCUGCGUUUCUAAACUCCA